AUGUUUUCAAGUUACAACUAGCAAACUGCAAUGGGUUUUUAACCCGUAGCUGACGUAUUUUAUAUUUGUAUAAAUUAGGAAAUUGUACAGAUUUUUAGUGAUAAGUGUACCAUCUGUGUUUAUUUUUAUCCAAUAUUAUUUAUUUCUGUUCAUGAUUAAGAAAUAAUGUCCUUCGAGUACUUACCCGUAGCUGAAGAUGAAAAUGAAGAACCCAUAGAACUUCCAGUCGAAGAUGAUGGGACUUUGAUGUUAACAACUGUGUCUGCGCAAUUUCCAGGUUGCUGCGGUUUAAAAUAUCGUCAUCCUGAUACAAAAACAUUUAGAGGUAUAAGAUUAAGAGACGGCAGAUUAUAUCCUCCGCCAGAGGGAUGGGGCAAUCAUUUAUACAUUUGCAGUUUUCCAAAAGAAAAUAAAAGAAAAUCUGGUGAUAGCUCUGAGAUUUCACUCUUAAAAAAUAAACGAAACGACAACUUAUGUUCUGAUUUAAUCGUCUUAGGAUUACCUUGGAAAGCAACAGAACAGACUGUAAGAGAAUACUUUGAAAAAUUUGGAGAGGUAUUAAUGGCUCAGUUAAAAAGAGAUCCGAAGACGGGUAUGUCUAAAGGAUUUGCUUUUAUCCGCUUUUCAUCUUAUACAUCACAAAUGAGAGUUCUAGCUCAAAGACACAUGAUUGAUGGCCGCUGGUGUGAUGUUCGGAUACCAAAUUCUAAAGAAGGCUCUAUCACAUCAAUGCCUUGCAAAGUAUUUGUUGGACGCUGUACUGAAGACUUAUCAGCAAAUGACCUCAGAGAAUAUUUCUCACAGUUUGGGGAAGUCACGGAUGUCUUUAUACCAAAACCAUUUCGUGCUUUCAGUUUUAUAACAUUUUUAGAUCCUGAAGUUGCACAAAGUUUGUGUGGUCAAGAUCAUAUUAUAAAAGGCGUAUCUGUGAAUGUAUCAAAUGCCUCACCAAAGCAAAAUAAAAGCAGUUCAAAUCAACGAAACUUACCAAGUCGGAACUAUGAAGAGAGUCAUCACAAUGCAUCAAACAACAAUUCCUGGAGUAGCCGUAACAUGGAUAUGGUGAAUAUGCAAGCUUUAGGUAUAUCUGGCCAACAUGGCCAAUCUGCAGUUGCUGGUGGUGCUGGGCAAGGUCAAGGUGGUAGCAUGCCUCUGAGCAUGGGAGGUUUACCAGUUAACCAAGCAUUAGUAGCAGCUGCAUUAAAUCAAGCAGCUGGUUGGGGUCUCAUUAACAACAUACCUUCUGGAGGAUCAGAUCAAGGGGCAUUUGCUGGACCAGCAUCUUCUGCACCACCAGCUCCACCCAAUUUCCUUUCUUGGAUGCAACAAGGUAAUUCAGCUCAGGGACCUUCUAGUCAAUGGGGACAAAGGCACCAAUCCCAAGGCCACUCUGUUUGAUCCAAUGGUAAAUAAUAAGCUCACAAUAAUCUCUGUGAUUGUAGCAAAAAUUAGAUUAUCUUAUUUGAAAUUAACUACUACAUAUAUGGGUUGUUUUUGGUGUAGAGUGGUUUGCUACUGGUGUUAUACACAUAUAUUAAUUUAUUAUGAAUUUGCUUGUAUUGUUGUUUUCCUUUGUCAUUAACUUUUACUGUAGUUUAAAAGCUUUUUUGUCACAUUACAUACACAUAAUAUGAUAAAUAUUAUUAAUGGUGUACUAUAGUUUUCAUAAAUAGCACACUGGCAAUAUAAAAAACAUAAUUCUAAUUUUUUAGCUUAAAAUUUCACUUAC